AUGGCACCGACACAACACGCCAUGUUCACGUCAAGUUCUGAUAGUAACGAUUCGCCAAUACCAAAUACGAGAUGGAAUGAGAAAAGAGCCUGGCUGCGUCAAAGUCGUGACUUUCCAGAGCCCGGACCUCCUCCUGAUGGUGGCUGGGAAUCAUGGAGCCAGGUACUGGGCGGCUUCAUCGUUGUUUUCCUCUGCUGGGGCUUCAUAUUGAGCUUUGGGCUCUUCCAGACCUUCUAUGCCUCUCAGGACUACAUCGAUGCUUCGCAAUCGGCAAUUUCAUGGAUUGGCUCAAUACAAAUAUUCCUGCUGAUGGCUAUUGGUGCUUAUUCGGGUUCUGCUAGCGACAGCGGGUACUUUCGCCUGACAACCAUCGUGGGCCAAUGCCUUUUUGUGUUCGGUAUCUUCAUGACAAGUGUCAGUCGCGAGUACUAUCAACUGGUGCUUUCACAUGGGGUAACAACCGGAAUAGGAAUGGGUUUGUUUUUCAUCCCCACUAUGUCUGUUGUGUCGACGUACUGGACUUCCAAGCGCAAGAGUCUAGCAAUUGGCUGCAUGUUGUGUGGUGCAGCUGUUGGAGGCAUGCUUCUCCCGACCAUGUUCAACAGUUUGCUGCCACGUAUCGGAUUCGGAUGGACCUUGCGAACGUUCGGAUUCAUUGCGGCUGUUCUCUUCGGCUGUGCUCAGGUAUUGCUGAAGAAGCGACUGCCACCCAAGGAUGAGGUUCGCAUCCUCGAUUUCGAGGCACUGAAAGACCUCAAGUUCAUCUUGUUUGUCGUUGGUUCGUUUCUCAACUUUCUCGGCCUAUACUUUGCCUUCUUCUUUAUUGGCUCUUACGUCCGGAAUGUACUUGGAGUAUCUUUCUCGAGAUCGAACAUGAUACUUCUUGUAAUCAAUGGCACUGGCAUUCCAGGACGGCUCAUACCGAUGUGGUUGGCAGACCAGCGGCAGUGGACGGGUAUACGUCCCGUCACAGUCCAGAUUCCACUCAAUCUUGCAACUAGCAUAUUGCUUUUUGCGUGGAUUGCAGUAAAGGACGAAAGCUCGGCUUACAUCUUCGCGGCGUUCUAUGGCUUUGCCGCAAACGCAGUACAGUCGUUGUUUCCUGCGACUUUGGCUGACAUGACCUCGGAUCCAAGAAAAAUUGGUGCACAAAUAGGCUGGGGGUUUACCAUCUCCAGCUUCAGUUGUUUGACAGGUAAUCCAAUUGGUGGCAUCUUAGUUCAAGCGGAUGGUGGCGAGUAUACUUAUGCCCAGAUCUAUGCUGGGAUUUGCACGAUGUGCGGGUGUGCUGUCGUGACAGUGGUGGCUUGGCUCCGCAUAAAAGAGCAGCAGAAGAUCGAUGCCGGAUGA